AAUGCGUUUCUCUCUCUUCCCUGCUGCGUGAGAUCUGCUAGUCUCUUCUAUCUCUUCUCCUUUUGAAACAAUAGUAGUAGUAGCGGUUCUGCCAGUCUACUCCUCUCGUCUCCUCUCCUCUCCGCUACGCAUUGCUUUCUCCCCUACCUAAAACCCACGGGGACGCCACCCGCGCACCUCGCCGUGGACGCCAUGGGAGCGGAGUGAAGCAGCCGGCCACCGGAUUCCGUCCCCUCCUUCUCGGAUCGCCCGGAUCUGGCUCGCUCUCCAACUGCCUUCGCCAAUCUGCGCUGCUAGCCGGAGGGAGGUUGGGGACAAGGCCCGUAGCCACAGUGUGGCGGUCUUGCUCUCUGCUUCCCGCCCCCUCCCCUCUAGCCUCCUCGCCCGGCGCGGCCGGGCCGAGGCACGCCGGCACGCGGCCGAACUCCUUCAAUCUCCCUCCAUCUCGGUUGGUUUGAAUCGAUCGGUGUAACAAACAACAUCAUCUUGGGUGGCAAUGGCAGCAUAUAAGUUGGGUGUGGAGGUUGUAAGUGCUCAUGACCUGAUGCCCAAGGAUGGGCAAGGUUCAGCAAGUGCCUGUGUUGAGCUUAACUUUGAUGGCCAGCGGUUCCGCACGGCUAUCAAGGACAAAGAUCUGAACCCAGUGUGGAAUGAGCGUUUCUACUUCAACGUGUCAGAUCCUUCUAAUCUUCCUGAGCUUGCCCUUGAAGCGUACAUCUACAACAUCAACAAAUCCAUGGAUGGUUCCAAGUCCUUCCUUGGCAGGGUCAGGAUUGCUGGAACCUCAUUCGUGCCCUUCCCUGAUGCAGUUGUCAUGCAUUAUCCUCUGGAGAAGCGUGGGAUGUUUUCACGUGUGAAAGGGGAACUGGGUCUGAAAGUGUACAUCACUAAUGACCCAUCCAUCAAAGCUUCAAACCUUCUUCCGGCAAUGGACCCUGUUUCAAACAAUCCUCCUCCAACGCCAGCAGAGCAAAUUGCAGCUGAAAUGGUUGGUCCAAAUCUCAGCACAUCUCAGGAGCACAGGGCUGAGGUGAAAACCUUGCAUACCAUAGCUAAGGAAGUGCACCAUCAGCACCAAGGGCAUCUACCAGCUUCCUUUCCCGAGCAUCCUUCCAAGUAUGCUGUUGACCAGAUGAAACCAGAACCUCAACAACCCAAGAUUGUAAGAGUGUAUUCAGCAGCUUCUCAGCAACCCAUGGACUAUGCACUCAAAGAAACUAGUCCAUUUCUUGGUGGUGGACAGGUUGUUGGUGGCCGAGUUAUCCGUGCUGAGAAGCAUGCCAGUACCUAUGACCUAGUGGAGCGAAUGCAGUACCUUUUUGUACGUGUGGUUAAGGCACGGGAGUUGCCUGACAUGGAUGUAACUGGAAGCCUAGAUCCUUAUGUUGAAGUGAGAGUUGGCAACUACAGGGGCAUAACUAGGCACUUUGAGAAGCAGAAGAAUCCAGAGUGGAAUGCGGUCUUUGCUUUUUCCAGAGACCGUAUGCAGGCAACUAUCCUUGAAGUUAUUGUCAGAGACAAGGAUUUGCUUAAAGAUGACUUUGUUGGCCUUGUGCGAUUUGAUCUGAAUGAUGUUCCAAUGCGUGUGCCCCCUGACAGUCCACUGGCCCCAGAAUGGUACCGCCUUGUUCAUAAGACUGGGGAUAAGUCAAGAGGCGAGCUGAUGCUUGCAGUUUGGAUUGGCACCCAAGCCGAUGAGGCAUUUCCUGAUGCAUGGCAUUCUGAUGCUGCAACACUUGAUGAUGCAUCUGCUGUAACGCACAUGAAGUCGAAAGUUUACCAUGCUCCGAGACUCUGGUACCUGCGAGUCAAUAUAAUUGAGGCCCAAGAUAUUGCAAUUACUGACAAGACGCGCUAUCCAGAUGUUUUUGUAAGGGCACAGGUGGGGCAUCAGCAUGGAAGGACAAAACCUGUUCAAGCUAGAAAUUUCAACCCAUUCUGGAAUGAGGACCUAAUGUUUGUGGCUGCUGAACCUUUUGAGGAUCACCUUAUUCUUUCCCUUGAAGAUCGUGUAGCUCCUAACAAAGAUGAGGUGCUUGGCCGUGUAUUUAUUCCAUUGACAAUGAUUGAUAGACGAGCCGACGAUCGUAUCGUCCAUGGGAAAUGGUUCAAUCUUGAGAAGCCAGUACUUAUCGAUGUGGAUCAAUUGAAGAAGGAGAAGUUCUCUACUAGGAUUCAUCUUCGUCUGUGCCUUGAUGGAGGGUACCAUGUUCUAGAUGAGUCCACUAACUACAGCAGUGACCUCAGACCAACAGCCAAGCAACUCUGGAAACCGUCCAUUGGUUUGCUCGAGCUUGGAAUCCUGGGUGCACAAGGAAUUGUUCCAAUGAAAACACGAGAUGGAAAAGGCUCAUCGGACACUUACUGUGUUGCUAAGUAUGGUUCAAAGUGGGUACGGACACGUACCGUUGUGAACAACCCAAACCCCAAAUUCAAUGAACAAUACACCUGGGAAGUCUAUGAUCCUGCAACUGUCCUGACUAUUGGUGCUUUUGACAAUGGCCAGCUUGGAGACAAAGGUGGUGAGAAGACAUCCAGUUGUAAGGAUGCAAAAAUUGGCAAGGUUCGAAUUCGUCUUUCCACUCUUGAAACUGGCCGUGUCUACACUCACUCAUAUCCCCUACUGGUUCUACAUCCAUCAGGGGUAAAAAAGAUGGGUGAAUUGCACUUAGCCAUACGUUUUUCCUCAACUUCACUAGUAAACAUGAUGUAUCUGUACUCUCGUCCUCUGCUACCGAAGAUGCACUAUGCACGCCCAAUACCAGUGCUUCAGGUAGACAUGCUGCGCCAUCAAGCCGUCCAGAUUGUGGCUGCCCGACUUAGCCGAAUGGAACCACCUCUGAGGAAGGAGGUUGUUGAGUACAUGUCAGAUUUUGAUUCUCACUUGUGGAGCAUGAGACGAAGCAAAGCCAACUUCUUCAGACUCAUGUCAGUCUUCUCAGGCCUGUUUGCAGUUAGCAAGUGGUUUAAUGGCGUCUGUUCAUGGAGAAACCCCAUUACCACUGUACUGGUUCACAUCCUAUUUAUAAUGCUGGUGUGCUUUCCAGAGCUCAUUCUCCCAACAGUGUUUCUAUACAUGUUUCUUAUAGGGAUUUGGAACUACCGUUACCGGCCUCGCUAUCCUCCACACAUGAACACUAAGAUUUCUCAUGCGGAGGCUGUUCAUCCAGAUGAACUUGACGAAGAGUUUGAUACAUUCCCAACAAGCAGGAGUCCUGAGAUUGUUAGGAUGAGGUAUGAUAGGCUGAGGAGUGUUGCUGGAAGAAUACAGACUGUGGUUGGUGAUAUAGCAACUCAAGGGGAGAGGGUUCAAGCACUGCUUAGCUGGAGGGACCCUCGGGCCACAGCAAUAUUUGUCCUCUUCUGUCUCAUAGCAGCAAUAGUACUGUAUGUUACACCACUCCAGGUUCUUGCAGCAUUGGCAGGGUUCUAUGUCAUGAGGCAUCCGAGGUUCAGAUAUAGGUUGCCUUCAAUACCAGUGAACUUCUUUAGACGACUGCCAGCAAGGACUGACAGCAUGCUAUAAAAUAGCUGCCAUUUGGUGGCCUUAUCAUUGUGAUAAGUUGGAGUGCUCCAUGCCGAUUACCGUAGUCUGGCUUCGUUUUGUUGUUGUUGUAACUGUGUGUUCUUCAGUACUUGAGAGCCUGUAUAUUGUAUUAGCUUCUGAAUGCAGGGAAUAAUGUGUUUAAAGCUUCCUGUGAA